UUGACGUAUGGAAAGCUUUUACGAAAGAAACGGAUGUGAAUUUUGACUUUAUUUAAUUUUCCUGACCUAAAAGCUGUGCCGGAGCCAAUAAUUUCAAUUUAUUUGAAUUUCUUUAAAUCGAAAAGGUCUCCGGGCGAGCCUGAAGAUUAAAAUACAGAAUUUUGAAAAUUUUCAUAAUUUAAAACUUAUUUUAACCCAUUCAGUCAAUGUACCAGAAAUACUUGAGAUAGAAUGUUCAUAUUUUGGGAUUAGUUUCCUACAGAUUAAUAGAUGAAUUUUUUGAAAAGACAAAAAUUUUUUCCAUUAUGGUGGCGCGGGGAGCCCCUGUCAAACACGCGUCUUAACAGUCACUGAAUUUAAAUUCUGUACAUUAAUUCAUUGCAAACUCUAUUGAUUUAGAUAGAGUAACUAUCCAAGACAACAAAUUGGCAACUGGCAACCAGAAUUCAAAUCAGGAAAGAGGAUGAAGGCAAAUUUUAACAAAUUCGACGGGAUGUCGAAUUUUCCGUCUGCCAUUUUGAGAAAAAUUUUUGCAUGACUUCACGCGAAGCGAGAAAAGAACAACAAAAUGUAUUCCCAUCUCUGUCGGGCUAUUUUUUCCAAGAAAUUGAAGGACUAAAGUAACUAAAAAUCCAUUCCCGACAUAAAUUCGAAAAUUAGUUUCCCUGGAAUAAAUCAUCUAAAAUAACUCAAUUCGCGUAUGAUGUAUAAUACCAUGGUAAGGAAUGGGCUAAAGAGAAAUUUUGAAUUUUGAGUGUGAAAUAUAUUGAAAUUUCCUAUUCAAAAAUCUGAUUUUUUUUGAAUAUUCCUAACUCGAGAUUCAAGAAAUGUUUGAAGGUUUUUUUUUGAAUCAAAAUAUUUUUAACCUUCUUCUGAGUAAAUUAAGAAAUUUACAGUGUCCCGAACAAUCCUGUUUUUCAAUUUAUUUAAUGAAAUAAUUAAAAUAAAGGAGAACAAUUAAAAAAAUGCGUCAUAAAUAUUUGAAAAAUUGUUCAAAUUUAAAAGAAUUUAUUUAAAAAGUCGCCUUUUUGAAGAAUGUAUAAUCUUAAAUUUGCCUUUUAAUUGCUUAAAAAUUAGAACCUUUACUUAAAAUUAAUCAGAAAUUACAAGGAAAGGAAGUAUCUUUUCUUUGGUGUAUAAACCCCUUGGGAAGAGAUAAUUGAAUUGCACUAGGAAGCGAUUUGUUGAAUGGAGAAAGAUUGAUCAAGGAGAACAAAUGAAAUAUAUUUUUUAAAUACAGCAAAGAGAUUUACAAAGUUAAAAGAAUUUUUACAGACUUUGAAGGGAAUUCUCUGUCUGAUGGAAAAUUUAGAGAAAAAGACAGUAGAAAUGUACAAAAAAGUGAUAAAAAAAAUGUUAAGAGUUAAGAGAUGGAAGAAUUAAAGGCAUAAAAGCUCUUUAGAGAAAAAGGGGGUUGUUUUUUCAAAUUUGUGAGAAGAAUUCCAUCUGCUGUGCAGUAGAAGCUUUCCGGGAAGGGAAGCUCUGCGCGCGCAAUGAAAGCUCCACCAUAUGGAAGGUAUUUGAACCCUCCGUGGGAGUUAUGGACCAUCCUCUUGGUAUGUUUUUCGGUUAAAUGCAGACUUUGGUGCCACAACACAGCUCAGUAUCAAGUUCAGUAUGGAGCGACAAGCACCUCAGCGGACGCUUCAGACUCCUCAUGGAAGUGGUCACCACUAAAAUUGCAUUUCUACCUGAUGGACAAAUUUUAUUUGUUGGUUCAAAAAAAAAGGGGUGACCAGAAAAUUUUUCAACAAAAAGAGCAACAUUUAAAGUGAAAAUAAGGGAAGGGAAAUAGUUUGAUUAUAAAGGAAAAAAAUUGAAGAAAAACAAAUCCAGCGCUUUUUUAUCAACUAAAACUUUCAUUUUAAACUUUAACUAAAAAAAAAAUAAAUCGAAAAGUGUGCUUUAGAGGAAGAGACUUCUUUUUAGUAAAAAAAUAAAUAAAUAAAAAAUAAAAUUGAAUGUUUCGUGUGAGUGUGAAAAUUUGAAGAACAAAAAAAAACAGUUUUAAAUAAAGUUUUAAUAAUAAAAAUUGUUGGAAAUUUCUCAGACUCUCAAAUACAAUAAAUCAGUGACUUUUCAUGCUGACUUUUUUCCAAUAAUUCUAGUGUGUAAUAACUGUAAAUUUACAUACCUUAAUCAAACAAUUUUUACUUAGUAACAUUAAAAGAAAUAAAUAAUAAAAUUGAAAAAUGGAAAUUGGAAGUGAGAUGUUUUCCAUGGCUCUGGCGCUUAAACUGCAGAAAGCCACUCCACCAACUCCCGAUGUGGCUUCUCUGAGAUUGGCCGAGCCCAUGAUCAGAGGAUCCUACAAUACGGACUGGGAUACAUCGUCAGAUGAUCUCGAUGACUAUCAAGCAGGGAGUGGAUACAAUUCCACCGUGAGUUCUGAAACGCAGGAGAAUGAGCUCUUCUACCGACACUCCUUCACCAUGACUGCUGUAUAUUGCGUGGCGUACGCCAUUGUAUUCUCGGUGGGACUCAUUGGGAACAGCUUUGUUAUCGCAGUGGUCAUGAGGGCACCCCGGAUGCGAACAGUGACAAACUACUUCAUCGUCAAUCUCGCUCUGGCUGACAUCCUGGUGAUUGUGUUCUGCCUACCAGCCACCCUCAUGAGCAACAUAUUUGUCCCCUGGAUGCUGGGGUGGUUAAUGUGUAAGACUGUGCCGUACGUCCAAGGUGUUUCGGUGGCAGCAUCUGUCUACAGCUUAAUAGCCGUGUCGGUGGACAGGUUCCUGGCCAUCUGGUGGCCCCUUAAGCUGCAAAUAACGAAGAAGAGAGCACGCCUGAUGAUCCUUUGUAUCUGGAUCAUUGCACUUACUGCCACAAUUCCCUGGGCGCUUUUCUUCGAGUUGGUGCCCUUCUUUGGGGCCCCUCCAAAUUCCUCCACAGUAGCCCGAGAUAUCGAGCUGUGUCUGGAAGUUUGGCCUCCAGGAACAGAUGGUGCUCUGUACUUUCUACUAGCCAAUCUCAUUGCGUGCUACAUUCUGCCCAUGCUCCUUAUCUCACUCUGCUACAUCCUGAUUUACAUUAAAGUCUGGCGAAGAUCCAUUCCAGGUGAUUCAAAGGAUGCCCAAAUGGACAGGAUGCAGCAGAAGUCCAAGGUAAAAGUGGUAAAGAUGCUGGUAGCUGUGGUGAUCCUCUUUGUCCUCUCGUGGCUGCCACUCUAUGUCAUCUUUGCCAGAAUAAAAUUCGGCGGUGCCAUGAGUUCCAAGGAGGAGGAGAUUUAUCAGGUGGCCACACCAAUAGCCCAGUGGCUUGGUGCCUCAAAUUCCUGCAUAAAUCCCAUUCUCUAUGCCUUCUUCAAUAAGAAAUACCGCCGUGGCUUUGCUGCUAUCAUCAAAUCACGGUCCUGCUGUGGUCGCCUAAGGUACUAUGAAAGUGUGACAAUCCCAUCGUCCUCCACGAGCACACGAAAAUCGUCGCACUAUCACAACAAUCAGAGCUCCACGAAGAAGCCACCGUACAGCCCAACGAUCAAGAGUGAUGCCGUCUCGUACAUUUGCGAGCAUAACGGGAAGAAGCACAUUGCUAAGCAGGAUAGCAAUCUGUCCAGGCAGAUGCUGCUGAAGCAGGAUAGCAAUGUGUCCAGGCAGUCCUUGCUGAAACAGGACAGCAUUGGGUCAAGGCAGAGUCUGACCAAGCAGGAUACCUGUAGCACAGUGUCCAGGCAGGAUAGCAACAAUUCGCGUCAGAUGCUGCUGAAGCAGGAGAGCAAUGGAUCGAGGCAUAUGCUGUCGAAGCAGGAUUCGCAGAUUUCGUACAUUGAUGCGAAGAAGGGACAAUUGAUGCGCCAGGACUCAGAUCUGGCCAGGAGAGGUCUAUUCAAGCAGGACAGUACCAUUUCCUACAUUGAACCACGCAAAGGAGUCCUGUGUAAGCAGGAUACGCAAAUCUCGUACAUCGAGAGCAAGAAAAAUUCCCUGUCUAGCCAGGAUAGUGUGGUGUCCUUCAUUGAGCAUAAGCGGCAUCAGUUGGUGAAGCAGGACUCCAUAAUGUCGUACGCCGAGAAGCCAGUGCUUGUGAAACAGGACUCAGUCAUAUCGUUCGCCGAUCAGAGGCGUGGAUAUCUCACGAAGCAGGACUCUGUGAUAGCCUAUCCUGCCACCAGACACGGUGAGGGUCAUCAUGUGUCCAUCCUCAAGAAGACAGACUCACAGGGUAGCUCACCGAGUCGCAAAACCAUUGAGUUUAUCUCACAGUAGACGACUUCAUCCCAUACAUCUCGUGUGGCGUCCCUUUUGCUCUCUCUCUCUAUCCCUCAACCACUGCCCCUGCAGAAGUCCUCGAGGACACUGCUCCUCGCCACUGAUUUUUUUUUUGUGGUCCUCAACCAUUCGGAGGGAGCUUUGUGGACGCUAUUGAACUUUUUUUUCUCGAUAACUUUCCCUCCCCCUUCGACCUCGAUAUUGGGGUUCAAAGUGUGACUGGCAGAGUUGGUCGUAGUGCGUAGGAAAAUUCUUCUAGAUUGAGCUGAAUGAAAUUUUUGCAACUCAAAAAAAAUAAUAAUAAUAAUGCUGGCACUACAUUCCAUGAAGGAACUAGGCCUUCCCGCAAGGGCAUUUCUAGACAUGCAUUAUUAUUUUUUCUUGUACGGAAUGAGGUUGUCAGUCCCAUGCUCUUGGAAUCAAGUGCAGUGAAGCUCACUGGAUGCAAUUCGAACACCUUUAGCGCCAGAAAAAUUCCUGGUGACCUAAAGGGGAUUCGAACCCGGGACACUUGCAUCAUAGAGCGAGUGCUCUACCACUUGACCAAUUGAGUGCUUUAAAAAUAUGUUUUUGAACAAGAAUUUUUAUUUUUAUUAAUACAGUAGAUUCUUUCAAAUUCGGGCAUUUGGGACCGUAAUGUCAAUCGAAUUAGAGAGAAAUUCGGGCGUCAAACUGUUUGAAAUGCAACGAUUUUUUAUUCAUCUGCAUACUCAUAUUGAGUUUACAUGCUCAUUGUUAUUAUAAAUUUCAUGGAUUUAAUGAAAACCUCUUAAUAAUGCAAAAUCUUGUCAAAACUAAUACAAACCAUGACAAAUUUGAGCAUAUUUGCUUUAUUUGAUAAUCAUAAUCAAACUUGAAAAAUGUCAACAAAAAA